GAGUGCAACAAGGGCGGAUCUUACAUUUAGCCGACGCCAUGGCAACAGAAGCUAAGCUAAUCUGCUAAGGGCUUGUAACAAAUAAGUUUUAUGAGUGUCAGAACCUAGAAUGUAAAGGCUAACGUUACCGUAUAUAUCUCUUUAGGUUAUAUGGUUUAUGUAUUGUUUGAAUUGAUAAUUUUGGGGGCACCUAUGUUAUUUAAUCGAAACACGUUAACAGUCUGUUCAAACUUAUCUGGGACUACUCUGCUACGCAGGACUGAAUACUUAUUUCUCAGUGUGCUGUAUCUACUGGUUAAAUGGCGUUAAAUGCUUUAUAUCGGUUCGUAAUGUCGCUCGUUGGAAAGUUUAUUCAAAGUGCGUGACAAGUAAGUCAGGGAUUGUUUAUGUGAACUGCUGCAGACUGUAUUUCUCCCCUAUAAUUUGACUAAUAACAGAAGCUGUUAUGAGUCCUGCCGUCUUGCGUUCAGCAGCCGCCGCAGAUGGUCAGCUGAAGUUCAUCUUAAGUAAUUAUUGGCUAAACUAUUGAUCCCGUUGGAGCUCUGGACAUGUCCGCGGAUCACUCAGCGACACAGACCGGGACACACGGCCUCCUCCGCGGCCAGCGCACCCGCUCCUACGGCAGCCUGGUGUCCUCUUCGUUAUCACCCGUGAGACAAAGACGAAUUGAGCACAAAGUUCAGCCCGGGGAAACUUUGCAAGGACUUUCACUGAAGUAUGGCGUGUCUAUGGAGCAAAUCAAAAGGGCAAACAGACUGUACACAAAUGAUUCAAUAUUCCUGAAGGAGUCCCUCUUCAUCCCUGUCCUGCUGAAAGAGUCUGUGUCUUUCACUAAUGGAGUGGAAUUGACCGAGGAGGAGACAAGUCCUGCACAAACACACACAGAGAUUUCUAAUGAGACCCCCCAAAGCCAAACAGACUCCAGCAGAUGUGAAGCGAAUGCUGAUUUGUCACCGGUGGAGUACCUACAAAAGAUAGACAGCUUGAUCAGUCAGUCAAAACAAGCAGCUGUGAAGACCUGCCAGGAGGGAGAGAAACAGAUCUCUACUAUGGAGCAACUCCGUCACAGCAAUCUGAAGUCCGACACCACCUCCCAGCAGGCCGCAUUGGGAGCUGUUCCCAUUACUGUCACCAGACAGACCAGGAAUUUGAGGGAUAGGGAGGAUGAAUUCUUCCAGCUCUGAUGUAGGCUUUUAUUCUGGUGUAGGACUCUUCUGUUUUCUGGGGUUUUU